AUGGGAAAUUGUUUACAAAUUUCAAAUUGUAAAAGGUUAUCAAAUCAUUUGAAAUUAUUACGUAAUAUUGAUCAUAAUCAUAAUGAUAAUGAUUAUAAUAGAAAUUCAAUAUUUAUUGAAGAUUUGAAUGAUUUAAAUCAAUACUUUUUAUUCAAUAAUCAUCAAUUAAAACAAUUGAAUGAUAAUAAACAUGAUUUAUUAAAUGAGAAUUCUUUAAAGAAGCUUGAUUCUUAUUCAAUAUUAAAUGAUGAUGAUGAUAAUGAUGAUGAUAUUAGUAAUGAUAGAAAGGUGAAUUAUGAUUCUAACUAUUACAAUGAUUUAUUAAUUCAAAAUAAAUUUAUAAAUUAUUUUAUUCCUAUCAGAAAUAAGAAAAUAAAAUACAAUACUACUAAUACUACUAAUAUUACUACUGUUAAAAAUCAGCAUAGUUACAAAAUAUUAAAAUCAACUCGUUGGCCAUUAAUUAAUACAUCUAUACUUGGAUUUACUAUUUUAACAUCGAAUAUGUUAAAUUUAAUGGAAUGGUUACAAUAUAAUGAAGAUGAAACGUAUUCAAUGAUCAAUUUUAAACAAUUAUCAAUGAAAGAUGAACAAAUGAAAAUCACUUAUUUAAACAAAACAAAUACAAAUGUUAAUAAUAAUAAUAAUAAUCUCUUGUUACCAAGUGAUUGGUUACGUUAUACCAUGUUUAUGCAUCAAACAAAAUUGGAUACAAUUCAAUUUUUAACAAUAUUUCAUAGAAUGAAAUAUGUUUUGCAUAGUUUAGAAAUAAAAACUGGUUGUAAAAUUUUAAUAAGUAAAUAUUUAUUUAUGUAUAAAGGGAAUUUAGUACGUAAAUUUGUAAUUGAUGGACCAAAUAAAAAACAAAUUCUUCAAUGUUAUUCAAGUUUACCUCAAUUAUUUAGUCGAUUGUUAAUAUUGGAAUGUGACAGACCAAGUACAAUAUAAUUUAUAUAUGAAUAUUAAAUGAAAAUAAAUAAAAAAACAAAGAAGGAAUAGUAGAUUCAGAAAAAGGUUUUUGAAUACGAUUCAUUUUUAAAACAGUCUCCUCUGAUUGUUCAAUAUUCAUUUAUGUUUACAGUAUUAUUGUAUAUAUUGUAUACAAGCAUGGUAAGGCAACAAUAUAUAUACAUAUAUAUAUCCCUUAGAAACUUUUAUUUAAAUGAAUAAAAUGAAGUACUGGGGAUGAUUUGUAGCUUGGGUAGAUGAUUUU